AUGCGCUCGAAAAUAUUUGAUGAUGCCGAGCUCAAACGACUACGACGUGAGGCCAUUCCCUCAUCAAAUGAAUUGACUAUCGCUGGGAAUGCGGCUCCUCAGGCGACAGACCAGCAUCCAUGCGUGGAAACCGCCAUGGAUCUACCAGUUGUGGUUGAUUCGGACGAUGAUGAAAUGAUCUCCCUAGAGCAAAUGAGGGGUAUAUUGAAAGAGUCGAUUUUGGAAACGCGCAGCAUGCCUCUCAAAACUCGACCGCGACUUCUCCGCAUACACCAAAGCAAGUGA